AACAAAACCAUUUACCAUUUAGUUUCCAGUCAAAACCACAGUGGAAAAGUACGUGUAGAAUGCAUAGUAGGGUCGUCUUUAGGAUCUUGUGCGGCCUGCUUUGGGCGCAACUCUCAGAGAGCAACUCCUUCAGGAUCAAGAAUGUGAUGUGUGAAUCCUUUGACACAUCCUCUGCGGACUUCACUCGCUGCGAGAUGAAGAUCGUGCGACGGGGCGUGGCCGCGUUUUAUAUACUGCACCAGCUUCCCAUAACCAGUGUGGAACUGAAUUUUUCGCUGUACAAGCGAUCAAAUGGCUAUCGACCGUAUCUGUUCAAUCAGACCCUUGAUUAUAAUCCACUGGCGCAUCCACUAAUCUAUAUGAUGCACAAGACCAUCUUCCACGCGUCCAACAUGAAUCACUCGUGUCCCUAUACUCACGACUUGGUAGUGGACGGUAUGAUGUAUGAAAAGAAUGACUUCCAGGAUCUACCAGUGCCCAAUAGGGAAUACAUGUUAAAUGUGAAAAUUGCAUUCUACAAAAAGUAUCGUAUAUUAUUUAAGAUAUUCAUUGAGAGAAGUGACUAAUUGUGGCGAUAAAAACCCGAUGACAUCCAUUGUUUGGCACUAGUCUCCCAAAGCUUACUUUAGAAGCCAAAUAGAAACGAAAAUUAACCAACA